UACAUUAUACAACAUGGCAGCUGGAGGCAGUCCUUUUGAAGAAGGAAUGGAUGAUCGUGACUUACCCAACUGGAGCAACGAGAGCCUUGAUGAUCAGUUGAACAAUACGAGCUGGGGUGGUCAGCCAAAGAGACCUAACAAAUCUUCAGAAAAAAACAAGAAAAAGGUUUCUAGUGAAAGUGAAAUAAGACUUACUAAUGACGUCUCUCCAGAAUCUACUCCAGGAAUUGGACGAAGGAAAUCAAAGACUCCCCAUAGCUUUCCUCAUACAAGAUACAUGACUCAAAUGUCUGUCCCAGGGCAGGCAGAACUAGAAAAACCUAAACAAAGAAUAAACUUCAGUGAUUUGGAUCAGAGAAGUAUUGGAAGUGAUUCUCAGGGCAGAGCAACAGCUGCUAACAACAAGCGCCAACUGAAUGAAAACAGAAAACCAUUCAACUUCCUGUCACUACAGAUUAAUACCAACAAAGGCAAGGAUGAUGCUGCAUGUUCUCAGACACAAGAAGCUGGUGGAUCAUCCCAGUAUAAAGACUUACUUACAGCUGCCUUGAGUAAGGAUUUGUUGCAGAAUUGCCCAGUCUCAAUUGAAGAAGAUGGAAGAGGUGAACCUGCUGUGGACAGUAGCCAGAUUGUAAGCAGAUUAGUUCAAAUUCGUGACUACAUUGCAAAAGCCAGUUCCAUGAGAGAUGAUCUUGUUGGGAAAAAACAGACAUCUGCUAAUGUUGAGCGUUUAUUUCAUCUCAUAAAUCACCUGAAAGAACAGGAGAAAUCUUAUCUGAAAUUUUUACAGAAGAUACUAGCUAGAAAGAAUGAGGAGGAGGAUGGUCGAACUGUAGAUUCAGCUGUGGGAUCUGGUUCUGUAGCUGAGAGCACAUCGCUAAACAUUGAUGUGCAGUCUGAAGUUUUUUAGUAAGCUGUUUUUUAGUAAUUAAGGUGGUAGAGAUUAUGCUUUCUUCUGAUAACUGAUGUUUUGCAUCUGAAUUUUAGUUCAAGAAAAUAUUAGCAGGCUAAAAUUCUUGAUAAUGUCAUUGAGAAUUUAGUUAUUUCAACUCAGAUGGGGUUAGAUCAUAACUACCUUUAAAAUGAGACCACUGUAGACUACUGUAUUUGGAAAAAAGUUUUUCUGAGGUUGGAAACUCUGUACAGUGGCUUGGCAUAUGAUGCAAGGAGCUGUAGCAGGAAAGGUGAAUUGUUCAAUAUAGAAACCUUCAG